AUGAAGAAACACAACUGCAGAAUUAAUGUCACUGACGGAGUUUUCAAGUGUGGUGAAGAAGAAAUCUUCAUUCUUGGUGGUGCUUGCGGGAAAGUCGCAUGUGUAAAGAAAGUCAUUAUACCCGGAAGAUCGGAAGCUCGGGUGUUGGUGAAACUACCGCCAGCUGGUAAGAAAAAGUCAAACAGAUGCGUGUUGAUCGAAGACACACCUACCAAGACAUCGGCGCAAAAACUGAUAACGGCGAGAACCCUUGUUAGUGGAAGCAGUAACGCUGUGGUCAAGGUUUUGAACCUUGAUGAUCGCGAGAUCUGCUUGAACAAAGGUGACGUCAUUGGAAAAUGUGAAGAAGUUGUCUGGAUGAAAAAGUGUAGUUCGAUGACAGGCGCAGACUUGGCAAAGAGCAACAACUACGAAUUAGUGACUGAGCUACUCGAUGACUGCAAGAGUAAUCUUACUUAUUCGCAGAGCAUAAAAGCCAAGAAGUUUUUACAGCGCUACGCGAAUAUCUUCUCCAGUCACGAAGGGGACCUUGGAAGAACGUCGGUGGUCCAGCACAGGAUAGAUACUGGAAGCGAGAGACCAAUUCGUCAACGAGCAAGACGGAUACCAAUCGCAAAGGAAAAAGAAGUUGAAGGCUUAGUUGGAGAGGCUUGCUUAGUCUACUUAGAUGACGUCAUCAUUGUCGGCCGUGACUUCGAGGACCAUUUGCAAAACUUGGAGCGAGUUUUCGCUAAAAUAGAGGGGGCCAAGUUAAAGUUAAACCCGAAAAAGUGUCGUUUAUUCAGGAAUAAGGUCAGUUAUCUCGGACAUGUUAUCUCCAGUGAUGGAAUCCAGACAGACCCGGAGAAACUGGAAGCAGUCCAAAAAUGGCCUACCCCUAAAGACAAAACCGACGUGCGAGCAUUCCUCGGUCUAUGCUCAUACUACAGGCGUUUUGUUAAGGGAUUCUCAGAGAUAGCCAAGCCAUUACAUAGGCUGACAGAAGAUAAACGACAAUUUAGUUGGGAUGGGAAUUGUGAAGAUUCUUUUCAGAAACUGAAAAAACAUCUGUGUGAAACACCAAUCCUGGGAUAUCCACAAACCGAAGGUCGGUUUAUAGUCGACACGGAUGCAAGCAACACGGCCAUUGGAGGGGUGUUAUCUCAAAAACAGGGUGAAAGAGAAGUAGUUAUUGCAUAUUUCAGCAAAUCUUUAUCCAAGCCAGAGAGAAACUACUGUGUGACAAGAAGAGAACUCUUGGCUGUUAUUGUGAUCUAA